UGCGAACAGCAGGACGUUUGUGACGUCACUACUGGUUGAGGGUGUGUUGCAAUCGGCAGCGAAGGUGUCCAGGCCAAACAGUCGUCUUUUCAACAUCAGCCGGACUAAUGUUGAACCGUUACUAACUUGGACAUGGAUUUCAACUCUUUAUUCAACGAUACAGCUAUUCAGUUUUCGGACUUCCACGAGUUCACGUUUCUUCCUGGACACCAGAAGUUGUCUGAGCGAGUGAGAAAGCGACUGUAUUAUGGCCUGGAUCAAGAUGUGUCCCUUGAAGUUCUCUCCUCCCCAGUGACGGAUAUAGCUGUUGAAAUCUUCCAGAAAAAUGCCCCGAGCCCAAUACGGAAACUACACAAGAAGUAUGCUGCGCAUGUCGCCAGGGAGGCUUGCAUUUCACCAUGUGCCAUGAUGCUGGCUCUGGUUUACAUCGAAAGGCUCCGUCAUAGAAACCCUGAAUACCUGCAAAAGAUUUCCUCUUCUGACCUCUUCCUGAUCUCCAUGAUGGUUGCCAGCAAGUAUUUGUAUGACGAAGGGGAGGAAGAAGAGGUUUUCAAUGACGAGUGGGGAACAGCUGGGAAACUGGACGUUAAUACGGUUAACAAGCUGGAGAGGAAUUUCCUGAACGCCAUUGAGUGGAGUCUCUUCACAGAGUCAAAAGACUUCUUUGAUGCCCUGAGCCAACUAGAGACCAGCAUUGCAGAGCGUCAGGGCAUGAAGCGAGGCUGGUUUACCUACACUGACCUAUGUGUGUUACUUGAGCAAUCAACAUGGAGCCAAGCACUUACAGCAAUCUACCAGCACUUUACCAAGGUCUCCUGUAUGCUCGGAUUUUUGUACCUGACGAGUGUGGCUGGCCUCAUUGCCAGCAGCACCGUGCUGCACCAACUCUCUCUCUUUCCAAGCGGCCACACUCUAUUGCCACGCCCCACAAACGUCUCCCCGGCACACUUUCGCACCACAGAAGCUCCCGCCACACUCCACCACCUCCCCUGUUGCACUCCAACCAACGAGAGUCUGAACGGUCACACCAAAGUGCUUGGAGUGACCCGACCUCACAGUCCAGAUUCUGUCCAGGCCACCUCAAAGACAUCCAUCGUGUAUCUCUGGAGCUCACUGCUCACCUCUGUGGGCUCCACAUGUCCAGAAAUAGAGUCUGAUUCCACAGCUUCCACUUUUUGUCGUGGCUGUCAUAGCAGCCUUCCUCAACCGGAGUGUUUGCUGAGGAACGGCUCGACCGUGUUUACCCAUCAUGCAUCAUGGCUGACCUCCAUCUUCCUUGAAGGCGCUAACUCCAACCUAGCAAUGUUUCCACCUGUGCAGCUGGAACUUUGUCAUCCACAAUUGUUGUUACUUGUAGACAAGACCCAAGCUCUCCUUAUGCCCGGUUAGCAGCAGACAGAUCCAGCUGCUAAAUCAAAGAAAUAGAAAGGAAACCAGCACAGUUUUUAUAACAACCAUACAUUUUUAUUUACAUUAAUCAUAUCUAGAACACACAGGAAGCGCACAUCUCAUAUUUCACUAGUGUGUAAAAACCCUUCAAUCACUUUCUUUGACUGCAGAGAUCAUUAUUUUAAGAGGAUUUGCACUGCUUUUCUUUUGUUGGGCUGCAACUAAGCUAGUUUGCCUGAUAUUUGCUUGAAAAUGUAAGGAUUUUGUGAUGAGUGCUGUGAACGAUCGCCGCUAAAAAGGAUUUAAGUAAGUUGAUUUAAGUGACGGUGCUGGGUGAGAAGAACAAAUAUAACCGACCGGUUUAGUCUCAGGCUUUGUUUUCACUGCAAUACAUUUUUUUUCUUGUCACAAACAGGUCACACCUGCACAAGGCUGCAAGCACUGUUCUUCUAAAUAGAAAAGAGACAUGCAAAACCUUAAUGUUUUUACCUUUAUGGCUGCAUACAGAAAUCUUAAAGUGACUGUUUGCAAUUUGCUGUAAGUUAAAUUUUUACGUUUAAGAACACCACCAGCUAAAUUAUGUUAACAUUUGUAGUGAAAAAAUAUUGUUUUCACAAUUACCAAUUAUAUAUAAUAAAAAUAGUUUGUCGUCCCAGGAUUAAGACUGCCGUUACGUGCACACCCAGAGCACGUCUAGGGAUGUAACAAUAAACAAUAUUAAUGAUAACCACGGUAAAACUCCCGAUGUUUAGUAUUGCCAUUUUAAAUUAAAAUGAUCCAAAAAAACGCGAUUGAUAAUUGCUCUUUGAUAAACUCACAGAUUGGCGGCUGCUCACUAGCUUAAAUGCUAACAUAAAAUCAAGAGACAUUAACGUCUUCACCCAUUAAGAAACGACAUACCCCAAUCCAACGACAUUGCUGUCUAAAACUAAGCCAUUCAAUUGUGCACAUCAAGCCUACAAACUGCUCUCCUAAAACAGGAUGAUCGUUCUAUACUCUAGAGGUGUUUUUUACGGUGCCUUCAAAGACCGCUGAACAGAGUAGGACGCCACAACUCUCCACCAGAAAAAAAAAAAUGAUUGUAUUUGGUACGUACAUUCAUUUGAACAAAUCUUACAGUGCUUAUGUACAAACUAAUAUUUACAAAAUAAAAGCGUAGCCAUUAAAAAGGAUAUAAUACGAAGACAAGCAUCAGUGAAGCAUAAGAAACACAAACAUGUAAAAUAGUGGGUUUUAUAACUGUAUUUGUUUUGAUUAUUUAAGAAAAUUAUAACUCAAUCAAAAUAUUUCAGUGUGUAAAGGUACUUUUUGUGCACAUUAAACAAUACCACGAUAAUAAUAACCGUGAUAUGAAAUGUUUUUAUGGUUACAUCCCAAAGCACGUCUGCAUACACAAAAGCAGUCCCAGAGAAGCAACUAACAAUUUGCAGUCAUGUUUUUAUGGUGGGAUGUACAUUUCAUGGUAGCUAACCUUUGCCAAAAUUGCUAUCAUUAGUUGACAACAAAGGGUGGAAUCGAACAAUUAGAACACUUUGGAAAGUUAGCGCCGUCUAGACACCUGCGUAAGCCCGUAAGGUUUGCAAACAGUCACUUUAAACCAGGGGUGUGAAACGUACAGCCCGAGGGCCGGAUCAGGCCCGCGAACGGAUUUAAUCCGGCCCGUGAGAGGAGUUUGCUAAGUAUAAAAAUUAACCUGAAAUGUUUUAAUGAAAGAAACAGCUGUUCCAAAUGUGUCCACUGGAUGUCACAAUAGCAAUUAUUCGUAUCUUUGUAGAUGAUGCUACAUAUGUACAAAAAAACACAUGAUGUGAGUACAUCAGUCGAGGGAUAUAAUACCUGGGAUUUAUAUAGCGCUUUUCUAAGUACCCAAAGUCGCUUUACAUGUCGAACCCAUCAUUCAUUCACACCUGGUGGUGGUAAGCUACUUUCAUAGCCACAGCUGCCCUGGGGUAGACUGACGGAAGCGUGGCUGCAAUUUGCGGCAACGGCCCCUCCGACCACCACCAUCAUUCAUCAUUCAAUUCACAACGGACGCAAUUUAUUUUUGGAUGGUAAGAGGCGGGGAGCGAACCUGCAACCCUCAGGUUUCUGGCACGGUUGCUCUACCCACUACGCCAUGCCGCCCCAAUUAUCAAAUUAUCAAACUACAUCAAUAACAUACUGUAAUUUGAUAUUGAUAUAAUUUUUUAUCUUGAUUAAAAAUUAACACCAAUAAGUUGAUUGAUGAACAUUAUCACAUAAUUUGUUCAGAAAAUAUAAAUAACAAAUAAAGUAUAUAUACUAUUAACCGCAACAGGUAAUUGUAAAAAACAAAA